CCUGCUGUCCUCCUGGUGCGAGGAGCUCGGCCGCCUGCUGCUGCUCCGACAUCAGAAGAGCCGCCAGAGCGACCCCCCUGGGAAACUCCCCAUGCAGCCUCCCCUCAACUCCAUGAGCUCCAUGAAACCCACUCUGUCGCACAGUGAUGGGUCGUUCCCCUAUGACUCUGUCCCUUGGCAGCAGAACACCAACCAGCCUCCCGGCUCCCUCUCCGUGGUCACCACGGUUUGGGGAGUGACCAACACAUCCCAGAGCCAGGUCCUCGGGAACCCUAUGGCCAAUGCCAACAACCCCAUGAAUCCAGGCGGCAACCCCAUGGCGUCGGGCAUGACUACCAGCAACCCCGGCCUCAACUCCCCCCAGUUUGCUGGGCAGCAGCAGCAAUUCUCAGCCAAGGCCGGCCCGGCUCAGCCCUACAUCCCGCAGAGCAUGUACGGCCGGCCCAACUACCCUGGCAGCGGGGGCUUCGGGGCCAGUUACCCUGGGGGUCCUAAUGCCCCUGCUGGCAUGGGCAUCCCUCCGCACACCAGGCCGCCCGCUGACUUCACUCAGCCGGCAGCCGCUGCCGCAGCAGCUGCAGUAGCAGCAGCGGCGGCCACGGCCACAGCCACAGCUACGGCCACUGUGGCAGCCUUGCAAGAAACACAGAAUAAGGAUAUAAACCAGUAUGGACCGGUCUGUUCCUCUUUCCAGAUGGGUCCCACCCAGGCGUAUAACAGCCAAUUCAUGAACCAGCCCGGGCCUCGGGGGCCUGCCUCCAUGGGGGGCAGCAUGAACCCCGCAAGCAUGGCGGCUGGCAUGACGCCCUCGGGGAUGAGCGGCCCUCCCAUGGGCAUGAACCAACCCCGGCCACCCGGCAUCAGCCCCUUCGGCACACACGGGCAGCGGAUGCCCCAGCAGACCUACCCGGGCCCCCGGCCCCAGUCCCUUCCCAUUCAGAGCAUAAAGAGGCCAUACCCGGGAGAGCCCAACUAUGGAAACCAGCAAUACGGACCAAACAGCCAGUUCCCCACCCAGCCAGGCCAGUACCCCACCCCCAAUCCCCCACGGCCGCUCACCUCUCCCAGCUACCCCGGGCAGCGGAUGCCCAGCCAGCCGAGCACCGGGCAGUACCCGCCCCCCACAGUCAACAUGGGGCAGUAUUACAAGCCAGAGCAGUUUAAUGGACAAAAUAACACCUUCUCUGGAAGCAGCUACAGCAGCUACAGCCAAGGGAACGUCAAUAGGCCUCCCAGGCCGGUUCCUGUGGCAAAUUACCCCCACUCACCUGUUCCAGGGAACCCCACACCCCCCAUGACCCCCGGGAGCAGCAUCCCCCCAUACCUGUCCCCCAGCCAAGACGUUAAACCACCCUUCCCACCUGACAUCAAGCCAAAUAUGAGCGCUCUGCCGCCACCCCCAGCCAACCACAAUGACGAGCUGCGACUCACGUUCCCCGUGCGGGACGGCGUGGUGCUGGAGCCCUUCCGCCUGGAGCACAACCUGGCUGUCAGCAACCACGUCUUUCACCUGAGGCCCACAGUCCACCAGACGCUGAUGUGGAGGUCUGACCUGGAGCUGCAGUUCAAGUGCUACCACCACGAGGACCGGCAGAUGAACACCAACUGGCCAGCCUCCGUGCAGGUCAGCGUGAACGCCACGCCCCUCACCAUCGAGCGCGGCGACAACAAGACAUCCCACAAGCCCCUGCACCUCAAGCACGUGUGCCAGCCGGGACGCAACACCAUCCAGAUCACUGUCACCGCCUGCUGCUGCUCCCACCUCUUCGUGCUGCAGCUGGUCCACCGGCCCUCCGUGCGCUCCGUGCUGCAAGGCCUCCUCAAGAAGCGGCUCCUGCCUGCAGAGCACUGUAUCACGAAAAUCAAGCGGAAUUUCAGCAGCGUGGCUGCCUCAUCAGGCAACACGACCCUCAAUGGGGAAGAUGGCGUGGAGCAGACAGCCAUCAAGGUGUCUCUGAAGUGCCCCAUCACAUUCCGGCGCAUCCAGCUGCCUGCCCGAGGCCACGAUUGCAAGCACGUCCAGUGCUUUGACUUGGAGUCGUACCUGCAGCUGAAUUGCGAGAGAGGGACCUGGAGGUGUCCUGUGUGCAAUAAAACCGCUCUGCUCGAGGGCCUGGAGGUAGAUCAGUACAUGUGGGGCAUCCUGAAUGCCAUCCAACACUCCGAGUUUGAAGAGGUCACCAUUGACCCCACAUGCAGCUGGCGGCCAGUGCCCAUCAAGUCGGACCUCCACAUUAAGGAUGACCCUGACGGCAUCCCGUCCAAGCGGUUCAAGACCAUGAGUCCCAGCCAGAUGAUCAUGCCCAAUGUCAUGGAGAUGAUCGCAGCCCUGGGCCCCGGCCCGUCCCCCUAUCCACUCCCGCCCCCUCCCGGGGGCACCAACUCCAACGACUACAGCAGCCAAGGCAGCAGCUACCAGGGCCAUGGCAAUUUUGACUUCCCCCACGGGAACCCCGGCGGGACGUCCAUGAACGACUUCAUGCACGGGCCCCCCCAGCUCUCCCACCCCCCGGACAUGCCCAACAACAUGGCCGCCCUUGAGAAGCCCCUCAGUCACCCCAUGCAGGAGACUAUGCCACACGCUGGCAGUUCUGACCAGCCCCAUCCCUCCAUGCAACAAGCUCCUUCCAGAACUCACAAACCCUGAUGAGCUCCUCUCGUACCUGGAUCCCCCCGACCUGCCGAGCAAUAGUAAUGAUGACCUCCUGUCUCUCUUUGAGAACAACUGAAGCCCACCCCUCCGUCGGGGCCACCCUUCCCCACGCGGCCUCCUUCCCCAUCUGCCCCCCACACUUUCCCGCCGGGAGCCCGUGCCCUCGGACCGCCCCUGCCGCGGCCUUCAGAGCCUAGGGGCGGGAGGGUGCACUGUGAAGGUGGUGCAGGUCUGGAGCCCACGCCCAGAGCAGGCCCCAAAGAUGACCCUCGAGACAGGGCGCUGGCCCGGGGAGGGGGCACACACUGAUGGCGGCUUCCAGAUGACCCUCCGGUGCCCCCCAGGUUCUUCCAGUUUCUGAACUGUAACCCGGCCUCCCUGCUUCCUGGCCCAGAGCCACCUCCACGUGACUGUGAACCUGAGGGAGGGGCCCCAUAUCCCAGCGGCCCCAAGCCUUGGAGGGGCAGCAGUGGUCGGUGGCAGUGAGAACGGCCCGCCCACCACCACUGCCACCCACCACAGAAAAGCACAAACCUCUGGGAAAGAGAACUCUCAGGGGCCAAGGUUAUCGCUUUGACCCCAGACCUCUAAGCCAGGUUACCCUGUAAACACUCUCAGAGAGCAGAGAAAAAAAGACAAAGAGUCUGUGUUUGGGAGAGGGUGAGCCAUUCCUGCUUGGGGACCGGGUGGAAAAGGGAGUGAAGGCCUCCUCAGAGCCAGGAUGGCUCCACAACCUCUGACUCAGGCCAGGGCCCAGCCUUGGGGGCGGGGGGGGGCAGAGAGAGAAAGAAUCCAGCUGAAAUUAUUGUGCCCUUAAUUGGGGAAGUGGGGAGCGCCGCCAGCCGGAUUUGGAGUCCAACAGAAAUGGCCAACUUACAACUUUGCUCCAAGCCACCCCCUGUUCUUAAACGACGGCAUCUUAAAGCUGCGAAGUCAUCUGGGGAAAAGGAACACUGGACUUGGACAGCAAGCAACCCGUUUCUCUCCAUGCGUCCUGUUUUCUUCCUCUGCUCCCCCCUCGCCCGCCUCUCCAAGACUGUUACGUGGGACACCCACUUCCCUCUGUCCCAGUGCCCCUGUGUCUACCCAGACGGCAAGGUGAGUGGUGGAAAGGCAGGGGAUGCAGGGGCUCAGCAGCAGGAACCCCGGGCAUCCCUCUCUCUCCGGCUCCUCUGUCUGGCCUGUUCCUGUGCUCGAGGCUGCCCCCGGCUCCAGCCCAGUCUGUCGCCGCGUGUGCCAGGAUGUGCCCUCGAGCGUCGCGUGGUGUUUCUGUGGCUGUCUCAGACCCCGCGCUUGGCUGCCAGCCUCUCCUUCACUCCAUGUCCCUCUGGCCUCGAAAGCUCACCCCACACUCCUGCUCCAGCAGAAGCAGCCUCUGGUUUUCCCUCCACGCUUCGCUCCAUCCGGCUAACGGCUUGCUCUCGGAGUCUCCCGGGUAGCUUCUUGUGAGUCCGUUUUGUUCCAGGCUCCCUUGUGCUCCCCGAGCCGCAUGGCCGGUGAUGCUGGGCCGUUGGGUCACUUGGGUCCCCUCUGUAGAUUCGUCGCGCCCCUCCCCUGCUGCUGCCCGAGCCCCUCACCUGCUCGCCCGUCCACUGUCUGUGUUCUCAGUCUCCGUCUCCCUCUCUGUUGGGGGUUGGGGGAACACCCCCAGCACUCCUCUGGAUGUGACCGGAACGUUGGCCCCAGCUGUUGACUUCCAGUCGCUGUACCAGACGGCCCGGCACAAGGUUUUCUGUAGGAAAGCUGCCAUCGUCCCGUCCCCACCCCUUUUCCUUUGUCCUGUUGUCAGAGGUUUUUUCAAACAGCGUGGUGUUCCGUAUACAAAUCAAUUAUUUUAAGAAUUGCUUUUGUAAAUAUCUUUGUGAAUAUUUUAGUAUUGUCUUUGAUAAUAUUCAACAUUUUCAUGACCUGGUUAUAGCCUUUGCUGGUGUUUUUAAAAUACCUUGACUCAACGACAAAGACCGAGUCCCUUUUUUAAGAAAAACAACAAACAAAAACAAAAAAGCAACCAGGGCCAUUUGUACAGAAGAAGGGACUAAGGGCAUGGGUGGCUGUACAGUGAGUUGGAAGACCGGGCCAGCCGCCGUUUGGAGCCAUCCCCAGUUGGCUGGUGGGGACAAGACGAUGCCAGGUAGCAUGUGGCCGUCUCUGCCCAGUGGCCAGUAGCCCCAGCUGUGUCAGGCCAUCUGGGAAUGUUCUGCCCCAGACAGAUUUACAGAUGCCUUCCUUAGAAGUUCCCACUUCCUGCCGUGCAACUUUUUCUCAGAAAGGCCUGGGGUCCGUUCUGGUUGUUAUUGGGGUGUCCCCCUCUGCUCACUGACCUAUCCACAGCUUUCUAGCACAGAGGGUUGAUCUGUUCCCCACAGCCCAGGCUCCAGGCACCUGCCUCAACCAUCUCUGAGGAAGCCAUGGGCUCGGCACCUGAGGCAGGUUUCCUGGGUCCCCUCCCAAGCGAGCCUCCACCAGCAAGUUCAGCAAAGAGCUUUCCAGAACCGUGGUGCCUGCAGCCCGCGCUCUGGGCGUGUACUCUUCCAGAGCGGUUUUGGAGCCAGGUCGGGGCGGGGAGGCAUCAAGGCGUCCGGGGCUGUAGCGAGCCCCAGUUGGUGACACAUUCAGGUGAUGACAGCCUCCCCAGCAGGGGCGGUUCUGAACUCUGGGGAGAUGCUUCCCUGAUCCUUUCGGAUGACUACUUGGAGCCAUAAGUAACCUCAGCAAAAAACAAUGCCUCAGCAAGCCACUUCUCCAUGACAAGCAUCCACCCAGCCCAUAGGCAUGUUUCUGUCUCCACUCCACAGAAUGGACGGGGCGCUGGCGGGCAGGUGGGAAGGCCCAAGUACAAGCAAUCACCCCCAUCUUCUUGGUUUGAAGCUUUACCCAUGUAUCAUGUUCCUGUAGCCAUUUUUAUUUUUUAAGAAACUUCUAAUACUUUCUCCGUAACGGAAGCCCUGAACCCCCAGAGAGCUACACGUCUGCUCCCUCGGCCUGACCCAUCCAGACAGGGCGACGUGGGCAGCAGCCGCUCAAGGGACGUGUGUACAUAUGUAAAUGAGAAAUAGAGACAUGUUAACAGAUGCAUUCAUUUCCCUCGGAAUGUGUAUUGUUUUUAUUUUCCGGAACAAAACAAAACAAAAAAAGGCUUGGAACUCCAUCUUCACGUGGAAAAACUAGAUCCUGUCUGUUAGCGUCUGUGAGGUCUCUCUCCGCAUCUGUCUCACUCAUGUAAUAUACUCUGACUCUGUGUAGAAAGGAGUUUUUUUUGUUCCGUUUUGUUUUUAUUCUACCUACAUGUACUAUUUAGCUUCAGUGUACUAGUCCUGCCACCUGUGUAUUUUUAGGGUGCUAUGGAAAUAAUGAAAAGAAACGGGGAUUUCAGAAGAAAAUUGUAACCAAAUUCAUACUUUGUAUAAUUUUUGAUAUCAUGAUCGCAGGUGAUUUCACACAUACACACACAUGAACACACCCACCGUGCAGCCUGAAGUAACUUCCACUGCGACCGUCAUCGUCUCUGUACAUCUCUGUACAAUGCAAUCAUUUCAUACUUUAAACUGGUCAGAAAACUAAUUGUGAUUUCUAGUCUUGCAAAGCUGUAUGUAGUUAGAUGAUGUGACAACCUCUAAUAUUUAUCUAAUAAAUAUGUAUUCAGAUGAAACCUGUAUAUUAGGUGUUCAUGUGGUUCUUUUGUAUUUAAAGAUCAAAUUAUUUGACUAUUGCUAGACAUUUCUAUACUCUGUUGUAACACUGAGGUAUCUCAUUUGCCCAUGUUAAUUUUUUUCUAAAUAAAUGGACGAAAACGAA